AUGGAGCCCGAGGAGCGGAAGAUCUCUGUGUGGAUCUGCCAGGAGGAGAAGCUGAUCUCCGGGCUGUCCCGGCGGACCACCUGCUCGGACGUGGUGCGGGUGCUGCUGGAGGACAGCCACCACCGGCGGCAGCGGCCGGCGCUGCCCGAGCCGGGCGGCGGGAUGCUGUCGGGGCCGCCGCACUCCUACUGCAUCGUAGAGAAGUGGCGCGGCUUCGAGCGGAUCCUGCCCAACAAGACGAAGAUCCUGCGGCUCUGGGUGGCGUGGGGGGACGAGCAGGAGAACGUGCGCUUCGUGCUGGUGCGCAGCGAGGCCUCGCUGCCCAACGCGGGGCCGCGCAGCGCCGAAGCGCGGGUGGUGCUCAGCAAGGAGCGCCCCGGCCACGGCCUGGGGGCGGCCCGCGCCAGCCUGGCGCUCACGCAGGAGCGGCAGCGGCGAGUGGUGAGGAAAGCCUUCCGCAAGCUGGCCAAGAUCAACAAGAAGCGGCAGCAGCCCCUGGCCCGGGAGGCCUCGUCGGCGGAGAGGAUGGAGACGCUGGUGCACCUGGUGCUGUCGCAGGACCACACCAUCCGGCAGCAGAUCCAGCGGCUCCGCGAGCUGGACCGGGAGAUCGACAGGUACGAGGCCAAGAUCCACCUGGACCGCAUGAAGCGGCACGGCGUCAACUACGUUCAGGACACCUACUUGGUGGGGGCCGGCGGCGGGGAGCCGGAGCCGGGCCGGGAGCCGGGCGGGGCUGCCCAGCCCGCUGCCGGCCGCCCCGAGGAGGACUACGCCAGGAAGUGCGAGGAGGUGCUGCAGCUGCAGGAGCAGCGGGCGCAGCAGGAGGAGCUGCUGGAGCACCUGGCCGCCGAGAUCCAGGAGGAGCUCAACGAGCGCUGGAUGAAGCGGCGGCGAGAGGAGCUGGAGCUGGCGGCGGGGCCCGGCCUGGCCGACACGGACUGCGACACGACGGAACUGAGCGGCGGCGGCGGCGAGGGCGAGCUGCAGCUGGAGCAUGAGCGGGUGAAGACCCAGCUGAGCACCAGCCUCUACAUCGGCCUCAAGCUGAGCACGGACCUGGAGGCCGUCAAAACCGACCUGGACUACACGCAGCGGGCGUGGGAGGACAAGGAGCGGGAGCUGCAGCGGCUGCUGGAGACGCUGGGCACCCUGGACGUGGCGGAGGCUCCGGCGGAGCCCCGCGGAGCGGCGGGCGGGGGGCGGCCGGCGGGCAGCGCGGCCGGCUGGGUGGAGCAGGCGCGGGCGCUGCGCAAGGACCGCGCCGAGAACGACGAGGACUCGGACACGGGGCUGAGCUCCAUGCACAGCCAGGACUCGGACUCCGUGCCCGUCUGCGAGUCCCUCGUCUAG